GAUGAUGGAGGUGGAGGUAGGGGGCUACACGGUGCUACUGACUAGGACUGGUGGAAGAUACUCUGCUCUGGAAAACCAGUGCACCCACUACGGCGCUCCACUCAGCAAAGGUGUGAUUUCUGGGACUAAAGUGCGCUGUCCGUGGCAUGGCUCCUGUUUCAACACUCACACUGGAGAUGUGGAGGAGUUUCCUGGUAUUGACAGUUUGCCCUGUCACAAGGUCAAGAUUCAAAACAGCAAAGUGUAUGUGUCCAUAAACAAAAAGACCAUCAGACAGGGGAAGAGGAUAAAGCACAUGGGAGGAGCUGAACCAGGAAACCCACACACAGUUCUGCUCAUAGGCGGAGGGGCCACAUCUCUGAGCUGUGCAGAAACUCUUCGCCAAGAAAAUUAUGGUGGUCGAAUUAUUAUGGUGUCGCGAGAUUACCUCCUUCCAUAUGACAAAACACGACUCAGCAAGGUGAUGAAUGUGCAAAGUGAGAGUAUCUUGUUGAGAGGAAUGGAGUUUUAUCAGAAACAUGACAUUGAAGUAUGGCUCAAGAAAGAGGCAAAGUCUCUGGACACUGAUGCUAAAACAGUCACAUUUGAUGAUGGGGCUGUCCAGAGCUACGACCAGCUGCUCAUCUCCACAGGCUGCAGAGCUAAAAUCCUGGAUGUCCCUGGGAUGAACCUAAAAAAUGUGCUGAUGUUGGAGACUCCAGAAGACGCACGACAGAUCCACGCAGUCUGUGAGGGCAGCAGAGUCGUCCUCGUGGGAACCUCUUUUGUUGGGAUGGAGGUGGCAUCGUACAUGUUGAACAAAGCCUCAGAUAUCACAGUGAUUGGCAGCAGUGACAUGCCCUACCAGAACACUCUGGGGAAAGAGAUUGGGAAAAUCACUCUCACGAUGUUGGCAGACAAAGGUGUGAAGUUUCAUAUGAACGAAUUUGUGGCAGAGAUCCGGGGGGCAAACGGGAAGCUGAAGGAUGUUGUGUUAAAAAGUGGGACUGUGAUUCCUGCUGAUGUUUUGAUUGUUGGUAUUGGUGUCAACCCAAACUCAGAAUUACUUUGGGGAACUAAAAUACAAAUGGACCACAAGAAAUUUGUAGUAGUUGACAAGUUCAUGAAAACCAAUGUACCUGAUGUGUUUUGUGGAGGUGACGUGUGCACCUUUCCCUUAACCAUGGCCAAAGACCAGCAGGUCAACAUUGGGCACUGGCAGAUGGCCCAGGCUCAUGGGAAGAUAGUUGCUCUAAACAUGUUGGGGAGACAUACUAAGCUGAACUCAGUCCCUUAUUAUUGGACCGUCCUAUUGGGUAGAACCAUGCGAUAUGCAGGCUUUGGGGAGGGCUACACUGAGAUCAUCAUAAAAGGAAAGGUUGAAGACAGGAAGUUUUUGGGACUGUACAUAAAGGACGAAAAGGUGAUUGCAGCAGUCAGCCUGAACUUUGACCCUGCUGUGUCUGCUGUGGCCGAGAGGUUCCUGUCAGGACAAGUCAUCACCAAAAUGGAGGCACAAUCAGAUGACCUAAGCUGGUUAAAGCUGCCAUGAAGCCAUUCAGAACAUUUUAAAGUUGUUAAUUCAUAUUUGUGUCAAUUCUCGGACAGAGUGUGCUGUCCAUUUAAAGAAACAGAGACUGACGUUUUGUGGAGCUGACAGUCCUGAACAACAGAUACCUCAUAGAUACACUUUUAUCUGCUGUAUCACUUUUAUAGACUCUAGCAGACUUCAUGUUAGUGACUUGUGUAG